GGAGGUUGGACGGGGAACAAUAGAGAAGGAGCGCCGCCAGCCUUCAGGCUCCAAACAAACGCAGAAGGCGACAGAAAGCGAGCUCGGGAGCGGGAUGGAGGCCACCUAAAGUGGACCCUGGUCAUGUGAGGACUAACACCGAGUGUUUUUUUUUUUUUUUUUUUUUUUUUUUGUUCCCCCGCGCCUGUCUUUUGUUUGGACUCAUUUCUCGGUGGGAUUGUGUCGAACCGAAAUCCGGCAUGAACCCCGCAGAAGCGGCCGAGGAGGCGCCCGGCGACCCCGACACUGAUGCGUUCUUCAAAACAGGGUCUCAGAGGACUGAAGGCAUCAAGGCAUCUGAUGUUCUGCCCGUCUUGAAGGAGAAAGUGGCCUUUGUGUCCGGUGGACGGGACAAACGAGGAGGACCCAUCUUGACUUUCCCUGCACGAAGUAACCAUGACCGAAUAAAACAGGAGGACCUGAGAAGGCUGGUCACAUACCUGUCUACUGUUCCCAGUGAGGAUGUGUGCAAACGAGGCUUCACUGUCAUCAUCGACAUGCGAGGCUCCAAGUGGGAGCUGAUCAAGCCUCUGUUGAAGACGCUUCAGGAGUUUUUCCCAGUCGAGAUCUGCGUGGCACUCAUCAUCAAACCUGACAACUUCUGGCAGAAACAGAAGACCAACUUUGGCAGCGCAAAGUUCUCCUUUGAAACCAGCAUGGUGUCAGUGGAAGGUCUGGCCAAGUUGGUGGAUCCCUCGCAGCUAACGGACGACUUUGAAGGCUCCCUGGACUACAACCACGAGGAGUGGAUGGACCUGAGAGUCUCCCUGGAGGAGUUCAUGUCCAAUGCGGUUCAUCUGCUGUCCCGACUGGAGGACUUGCAGGAGGUUUUGUCCAAGAAAGAAUUUCCUUCGGAUGUUGAAGGAUCUCGUCGGCUUAUUGAGGAGCAUACACAGCUGAAGAAGAAGGUGCUGAAGGCUCCAGUGGAAGAGCUGGACCAGGAAGGCCAGCGCUUGCUGCAGUGUAUCCGAUGUAGUGACGGUUACUCGGGAAGGAGCUGCAUCUCUGGCUCUGCUGACUUUCAGAGCCUAGUGCCCAAGGUGGCCAGUCUGCUGGACAAGCUCCACUCCACCAGGCAACAACUCCACCAGAUGUGGCAUGUCCGGAAGCUGAAGCUAGACCAGUGCUUCCAGCUACGACUCUUUGAGCAGGACGCAGAGAAGAUGUUUGACUGGAUCAGCCACAACAAAGAGUUGUUUCUACAGAGCCAUACUGAGAUCGGCCGAGCAUACCAACAUGCCGCCGAGCUGCAGACGCAACACAACCACUUUGCCAUGAACUCUAUGAACGCUUACGUCAAUAUCAACAGGAUCAUGUCGGUAGCGAGUCGCCUGACAGAGGCGGGACACUACGCCUCCCCACAGAUUAAACAGAUCUCAAGUCAGCUGGACUUGGACUGGAAAAGCUUCGCCGCUGCUCUCGAUGAACGCUCAACCAUACUCGCCAUGUCUGCCGUUUUCCACCAGAAAGCGGAACAGUUCUUGUCGGAGGUAGAGGCGUGGUGCAAGGUCUGCAGUGAAGGGGGGCUCCCAACCGAGAUGCAGGAGCUGGAGCUGGCCAUCCACCGUCACCAGAGCCUCUACGAGCAGGUCACACAGGCCUACACUGAGGUGAGUCAGGAUGGAAAAGCUUUGCUGGAUGUCCUGCAAAGACCUCUGAGUCCCGGCAACUCAGAGUCUCUGACGGCCACCGCCAACUACUCCAAAGCGGUUCAUUGUAUACUUGAUGUUGUCCAUGAAGUGCUCCACCAUCAGCGCCGUCUGGAGAACAUUUGGCAGCACCGAAAGGUCCGACUGCACCAAAGACUGCAGCUGUGUGUCUUCCAGCAGGAUGUCCAGCAGGUGAUGGACUGGAUCGAAAACCAUGGCGAAGCUUUCCUCAGCAAGCACACUGGAGUGGGAAAGUCUCUUCAUCGAGCUCGAGCCCUGCAGAAACGGCAUGACGACUUUGAAGACGUCGCCCAGAACACAUAUACUAAUGCAGACAAGCUGCUGGAGGCGGCCGAGCAGCUGGCCCAGACGGGCGAGUGCGACCCGGAGGAGAUCUACAAGGCGGCGCGCCACCUGGAGGUUCGAAUACAAGACUUUGUACGCCGCGUUGAGCACAGGAAGCUGCUGCUUGACAUGUCCGUGUCCUUCCACACGCACACCAAAGAGCUGUGGUCAUGGAUGGAGGAGCUCCAGAAGCAGCUGUUGGAUGAUGUGAGCUGCGACUCUGUAGAUUCUGUGCAGACACUAAUCCAGCAGUUCCAGCAGCAGCAGACAGCCACGCUGGAGGCCACGCUCAAUGUCAUCAAGGAGGGCGAGGAACUUAUGCAGCAGCUCAGAGAUGCAGCCAUGUCCACUAACAAGACGCCGCAUUGCAGUUCCAUUGCUCACAUCCAGGGUGUGCUGCAGCAGUUGGAUGAGGCCCAGGGCCAGAUGGAAGAGCUGUUCCACGAACGAAAAAUCAAACUCGACAUCUUCCUCCAGCUACGUGUCUUCGAGCAGUACACCAUAGAGGUGACGGCCGAGUUAGACGCCUGGAACGAGGACCUGUCUCGUCAGCUGAACGACGUGGGUCGCUCAAGCAGCAGCAGCGCCAGUAGCGGUGGUAGCGGCGGAAGCAGUAGCGCCCCCUCUGGCGGGGCGGAGGACAUUGGCCUGGCUGAACAGAGGCUGAAGAGGCACGCUGAGAGAAAGGCGGCCAUGAACAACAUGACCUAUGAAGUGAUGCAGCAGGGCCAGGACUUGCACCAGUACAUCAUGGAGGUGCAGGCCUCAGGCAUCGAGCUGACGGGGGAGAAGGACAUGGACUUGGCCUCUCAGGUCCAGGAACUGCUGGAGUUCCUGCACGAGAAGCAGCAGGAAGUGGAGCUCAGUGCCCAGCACACGCAUACUCGACUGGAGCAAAGCCUGCAACUGCGUCACUUGCAGGCCGAGGUCAAACAGGUGCUCGGAUGGAUCCGUAAUGGCGAGUCCAUGUUGAACGCCAGCAUGGUGAAUGCCAGCUCGUUGUCUGAGGCAGAGCAGCUGCAGAGGGAGCACGAACAGUUCCAGAUGGCAAUUGAGUCUCUUUUCCAUGCUAACUCCCUCCAGAAGACCCAUCAGAGUGCUCUGCAAGUCCAGCAGAAAGCAGAGAUGAUGCUUCAGGCCGGCCACUAUGACCCAGAGGCCAUUCGCAGCUGCGCUGAGAAGGUGGCAGUCCACUGGCAGCAACUGAUGCUGAAGAUGGAGGACCGCCUGAAGCUCGUUAACGCCUCGGUGGCCUUCUACAAGACCUCCGAACAGGUUUGCAGCGUUUUGGAAAGCCUAGAGCAGGAAUACCGAAGGGACGAGGAUUGGUGCGGAACUCACGAAAAAGUGGGAACGCCGGCCGACUGUGACCACCUCAUGCCUCUUAUCAGCAAACACCUGGAACAGAAAGAAGCCUUCCUCAAGGCGUGCACACUGGCCCGGAGGAAUGCAGAGGUUUUCCUCAAGUACAUCCACAGAAACAACGUGAGCAUCCCAGGAGCUGCGAGUCAUGCCAGAGGGCCUGAGCAGCAGGUCAAAGCUAUUCUGAAUGAGCUGCUGCAGAGAGAGAACAGAGUCCUGCAUUUCUGGACUCUGAAGAAGAGAAGACUGGACCAAUGUCAGCAGUACCUUGUCUUUGAACGCAGCGCCAAGCAGGCUCUAGAAUGGAUCCAGGAGACGGGAGAGGUUUACCUGGCCACGCACGUGUCAUCUGGUGACAGCAGCAAGGAAACACAGCAGCUCCUCAAUGACCAUCAUCACUUUAGAUUCACUGCCAAGCAAACAAAGGAGAAGGUGAAGCUCCUCAUCCAGUUGGCCGACAACCUGGUGGAGAAAGGCCAUGUCCAUAUUUUGGAGCUGAAGCGCUGGGUGAGCACUGUAGACCGCUGCUAUCGUGACUUCUCCUUGCGAAUGGCCAAGUACCAGGAAAGCCUGGAGAGGAGCCUGGGCGUCUCCUCCGAGGACAACAAGGACUUAGAGUUGGAUAUUAUUCCCGCCAGUUUAUCGGACGACCCCGAGAUCAAACUGCGGGAGCCUAACGAUGAGGUCAACGAGGAGAAGAGGAAGUCAGCGAGGAAAAAAGAGUUCAUCAUGGCCGAGCUGCUGCAGACAGAGAAGUCCUACGUCAGAGAUCUCCAGGAAUGUCUGGAGACAUACUUGUGUGAGAUGACGAGGGGCGCGGACGAGAUCCCGCCUGCCAUUGCCAACAAGGAGCACAUCAUCUUCGGCAACAUGCAGGAGAUCUACGACUUCCACAACAAUAUUUUUCUGAAGGAGCUUGUCAACUAUGAGCAGCUUCCAGAGGAUGUGGGCCACUGCUUUGUCACCUGGGCUGAUAAAUUCCACAUUUAUGUGGAUUACUGCAAGAACAAACCGGACUCUAGCCAACUCAUCCUAGAGCACGCCGGCACCUUUUUUGAUGACAUCCAGCAGCGACGUGGCCUGGCUAACUCCAUCUCGUCUUACCUCAUCAAACCAGUGCAAAGAAUCACCAAGUACCAGCUACUGCUCAAGGAGUUGCUGUCAUGUUGCGAGGAGGGCAAAGGUGAGAUUAAAGAUGGUCUGGAGGUCAUGCUCAGUGUCCCCAAGAGAGCCAAUGACGCCAUGCACCUCGCCAUGUUGGAAGGUUUUGAGGAGAACUUGGAGGUGCAAGGCGAGCUGAUCCUGCAAGACAGUUUCCAGGUUUGGGAUCCACGCUCACUGAUCCGAAAGGGACGUGACAGACACCUCUUCCUGUUUGAGUUCUCGCUGGUCUUUAGCAAGGAAUUCAAGGACUCGGCAGGCAGGACCAAGUACCAGUACAAACACAGACUACUAACAUCAGAGUUGGGGGUGACGGAGCAUAUAGAAGGCGACCCAUGUAAAUUUGCGCUCUGGGCCGGGCGAACCCCCUCCUCGGACAAUAAAACCGUACUGAAGGCUUCCAGUGUAGAAGCCAAACAGGAGUGGAUAAAGAACAUCAGGGAGGUGAUCCAGGAGAGAAUGACUCAUCUGAAAGGGGCCCUAAAGGAGCCAGUUCAGCUACCCAAAACGGCAACACUCACCAAACCUCGCAAUAAUGCCAAAAGGGAUGGAGGCGAGGACGGUGAUAGUCAGGGAGACGGCAGCAGCCAACCGGACACAAUCUCCAUUGCAUCCAGAACCUCGCAGAACACAGUGGACAGUGACAAGCUCUCUGGUGGUUGCGAGUUGACGGUGGUCCUGCAGGACUUCACGGCAGGAUGUAGCAGCGAGAUAUCCGUCAGCACUGGCCAGACGGUGGAGCUGCUGGAGAGGCCCAGCGAGCGGCCUGGCUGGUGUCUGGUCCGGACCACCGAACGCAGCCCGCCUCAGGAGGGUCUUGUCCCCAGUUCUACACUGUGUGUGUCCCACUCGCGCUCCAGUGUGGAGAUGGACUGCUUCUUCAACUCAGGGAAAGAAAACUAUCCUGUCAGCGGCUCCGAUGGGAAAACAGAGUCGGUGGCGAACCUCCAGCCGCAGCCGUCCCUCAGCUCACUGCAGUCCAACUCGCCAGGACCCAAACGCUCUGGAAACACGCUCCGGAAAUGGCUGACCAAUCCCGUGCGACGCCUCAGUCACGGCAGCUCGGUUAAGAAACUCCCCAAUAACAAACAGAAGAAGACGGGUCCUGUGGGAGGAAGAGAUGACAGCCGGAAGGGACAGCUUGACCUUAACCCGCAGGAUGACAUCAUCGAUGAGCACAUCCUUGGCAAGGAUAGUAACCUCCUCUCCAAGACGCCGUCCGGCAUGCAGAGCGGCGGCGAGGAGGAGCAGGAUGAGGAGGCGCACACACCCCUGCCUCCGCCCAUGGAGAUCAUCAAGGACCCAUCGGCCCAGGAUGACAAGUCGUCGUCCUUGCUAACGUCUCUGCAGUUGUCCUCUGAGGUGCCCUGCGCCGCCGAGCUGGUUAGCGCCAUAGAAAAACUGGUUAAAACCAAGAUGACCUUAGAACCAGGAGCCCACCCGGUCUUCUCCUCACUCUCUCCCCCGGAACAAAGCACUCCAGUCCUGCCCCAGGUCCCCGAGCUGGAAGAGAGAGCCAAAGCCAUGAAGGGGCGCAUGUUUGUUCUUGACGAGUUGAUACAGACAGAGAAGGACUAUGUCAAAGACUUGGGCAUCGUGGUUGAGGGUUUCAUGAAGAGGAUAGAGGAAAAAGGCGUUCUGGAUGACAUGAAAGGAAAAGAGAAGAUCGUCUUCGGGAACAUCCAUCAAAUCUUUGACUGGCACAGAGACUUCUUUGUGGGAGAGCUUGAAAAAUGUCUGGAUGACCACGAGCACCUUGCUGAGCUCUUCAUCAAACAUGAGAGACGACUACACAUGUACGUGGUCUACUGUCAGAACAAACCCAAGUCUGAGUUCAUUGUAGCAGAAUAUGACAAUUAUUUUGAUGGGGUCCAGCAGGACAUUCAGUCCCGGUUGACCAUUAGCGACUUCCUUAUCAAACCAAUCCAAAGAAUCACCAAAUACCAGCUGCUACUGAAGGAUUUCCUGAAGUACAGUUCUAAGGCGGGAAUGGACUGUGAACAAAUAGAGCAAGCAGUGGAUCUGAUGUCUCAGGUUCCCAAACUAUGUAACGAUAUGAUGAACUUAGGUCGCCUACAAGGAUACGAGGGCAAGCUAACCAGUCAGGGCAAGCUGCUGCAGCAGGAGACUUUCUUUGUGACCGAGCAGGACGCCGGCGUCUUGUCGCGCUCAAAAGAACGGCGGGUGUUCCUCUUCGAGCAGAUCGUCAUCUUCAGUGAGCUGCUCAGGAAAGGCUCGUCCACGCCCGGAUACCAGUUCAAAAAGAGCAUCAAGGUGUCUUACUUGGGUCUGGAGGAGAGCGUGGACAACGACCUGUGUAAGUUCGUCUUGUCGUGUCGCGGCUCGUCGGAGCGGUUCACCCUACAGGCGGCCAAUGUUGACAUCAAGCAGGUCUGGAUCGGACAAAUCCAGGCACUGCUGGAUGCUCAAAACAACUUCUUGUCCGCACUCGUGUCUCCCAUCGAGUACCAGCAGAAACGAGGCGGCAGCUCGUCGCUGACCAGAAACCGCUCAACCGCCAGCAAUCGCUCAAACACACCCUCUCACAGCCGGCCCUCGUCGGCGGUCGGCCUCGGCGAAAAGGAAAGCGAGAGAGGGCGGAGUCAGUUGACCACGUCCACCUCCAACGGCGGCACAUCGUGCUUCGACUCUAGGGAGAGCAGCGGCGGCUGCUGCAACGGCGCUUUGUCCACCAUGCGCGUCACUCAGGACUACUCGGCGCUCAAGGAGAAUGAGAUAUGCGUCAGUCAGGGCGAGACUGUGCAGAUCCUGGCGACCAAUCAGCAGAACAUGUACCUCGUUUACCAACCAGCAGACAGCCAGUCGCCCGCCGCUGAGGGCUGGGUGCCGGGGCACGUCCUGGGCCCGGCCCACAAGCCCUUAAAAGACUCCUCCUCGGCCACGUCCUUCUCUGCGGCAGUGGCCGACACCAACAACAUCAAGAAGUCUCUAUCGUGGAACACGCUGCGCGCCAGGAAGCGCGCCGAAGCCAAGGAGGUCUCGGCAUUGGGGGUCAGAGGUCAGGAGAAUGGCCUGCUGCGUAAGACAAAAGAAACCACGCCCCCUCCCCCGCUGCUCGCCUCCCCUGUUGCCAGGGCGAAGGGCAAAGAGGUUCACACCUCGGAUGAAUCCGACUGUGACGACGACCUCGACCCAAAGACUGGCAUGGAGCUUCUCAACCCAAACUUCAUCCAGGAAGUGGCUCCAGAGUUCCUGGUGCCGCUCUCGGACGUGGCGUGUGCGUUCGGGGAGACGGUGGUCCUCUGCUGCAAAGUGUGUGGACGACCCAAACCCGCCGUCACACUGAAGGGCCCCGACCAGAACCUGGUGACCAGCAACAGCCGUUUCACCAUAGACAUCAGGGACACUGGCGACAUCUUGUUGAAGAUAUGUAACCUGAUGCCGCAGGACACUGGCAUCUACACUUGUGUCGCCAUCAACGACCACGGCUCGGCCUCCUCAUCCGCCUCCAUCAAAGUGCAAGGUAUCCCAGCAGCCCCUGGGAGACCCGUGGCUCAGGAGGCCAGCAGUACAGCCGUGAUGCUCCACUGGCCGCCUCCGGCUUCUUCUGUUCACUGCGCAGUCAGCAGCUACACGGUGGAGUAUCGCCAGGAAGACUCGCUGCUAUGGCAGCAAGUGUCCAGCAGCAUGGAGGAGUGUGUUCAGAUCGACACCCAUCCUGGCGGUCACUACCAGUUCAGAGUGAGAGCUUCCAACCGCUGGGGGCUCGGUCCGCCAUCUGAGCCCUCCAAUAUGGUUUCACUGUCCAGCAGUAACUCUGCUUAUGACGGAACAGGAAUCCAGUGGAAAGAAAACUUUGAGUCGACAUUCUCUGAGAUUUGUGAGAUUGGAAGGGGACGUUUCUCAGUGGUGCGAAAAUGUCUCAACAAAUCCACAAAGAAAGAGGUGGCGGUGAAGUUUGUGAGCAAGAAAAUGCAAAAGAAGGAGCGGGUGGCUCAUGAGGCCGACAUCCUCCAACAUGUGCAUAACCACCAGCUGGUGUCACUGUUGGACACCUAUGAGUCCCCCACAUCACUGAUGCUGAUCCUGGAGCUGCUGGAGGAUGGUCGUCUCCUUGACUACCUGGUCGCCCACGAUGAGUUGAUGGAGGAGAAGGUGGCCUUCUUUAUCCGAGAAAUACUGGAAGCCCUGCAGCACCUUCACACCUGCCGAGUUGCGCACCUGGACCUGAAGCCUGAGAACAUCAUGGUGGAUCUUCACUCUCCCAUACCGUGCAUCAAGCUCAUUGAUCUUGGAGAUGCUGUCCAGCUGUCGGCACACCGUCAGUACGUCCAUUUGUUGCUGGGAAACCCAGAGUUCGCUGCACCCGAGCUCAUCUGCGGCACCCCGGUCUCUGUCGCCACCGACGUUUGGAGUGUCGGUAUCAUGGCUUACGUCAUGCUCAGCGGUGUGUCACCCUUUCUCGACGAGUCUCCUGAGGAAACUUGCGUCAACAUCUGCCGUCUUGACUUUUGCUUCCCGGACGAUUACUUCAGGGAUGUGAGCCAAGCGGCAAGGGAUUUCGCGUCCUCUGCGCUCCAACAGGAUCCGAGGAAGAGGCCAACCGCUACCUCCUGUUUGCAGCACCCGUGGGUGGGCCGUGGAGGCAUUCACGGCGGGGAGUACUCCAAGACACCUCUGGACACAACGCGAUUGGCCACGUUUAUUGAUCGAAGAAGACAACUUCAUGAUGUGCGUCCCAUCACUAACAUCAAGGGACUGGUUAGCAACAGUAUGGGGAAACUCGCUGUGACGAAGACGAGUGUUUGAACCUGCCACAAGAUCGGAAACAUAUUUUCUGGAUCGAACUAUCGAAUUUCUUUAUUAAUAUAUGGGGUGCCUAAAUCAUGGAUGUGUUGGCUAUUACUGGCCUUUCCGACACCUCAGUACUCAAUGAAAAUGUCGCCUUUCCUUUCUUCUGUUAUGUUGAUACAUUGUUUUAACCUUGAAGCUGGUACGAGAGCUGCCUGGUCCCCAAAGAUGUUUGCCUUUGUUUUCAAAGACACUGUGAAUGCUUUUGGACAAAAGUUGUGUUUGCCUCUGGUCCUUGAACCUGCUGAAUGAUUUCACCUAAGGACAACGUUCUGUUGCUUACCAACACUCAGAAAAAAAGAUCAGCACCAAGGUUGCUCCAGUAUUUUUUUUUUUCCAGAGAAAUCGUGGCCAUCUGGUGUGUGUUGCCAUUCUAGGACAAAAGGAGAUGAUCUUCGUCCCAGGUCUUUAAACCUGACUACAGUUGUUUUGCCCAAGGACAACAUUUUGUUGGUCAGGGACACUCGGACCAUACGUGGAUCAGAAUUGAGACUGCUUUUAUCGUCUCCUGGACAGAGAAAUAAUCCACACUCGAGGACGAGAGGGAGGAGGAGAUCUUUGUGUCCUUGAAGUUAUUUUCACCUCUGGACAACCUGUGGUGCUUAGGUACACGCGGCUGGAACUUGGAUCAGCAACUUCGGUAGUCCCCUGACCAGUGCAAUUGUCACUAUCUGAGGUGAACAAUCUUCAGCCAUUCAAGUGAGAGCCAGUGAAGAAACACUGUUUCCCCAUAGUGGAAUCUGAGGCUUCAUAAAUGAAGUACAGUGCUAAUCGUGUUAAUUAUUUUGCUAGCUUUAGCAAUGCUAACAUUAGCUUUGGCUGCUAACCAGGGACUUAAGCUUAAAGAAGAAAUAUGGUGCAUUGAGCUGGCCUUAAAGUUCAACACACAACAGCAUAUAACUAAAAACAAUGGCAAGUUAAAAAAAACACACCACCAAAUAACUAAUCAACGACAAAUAACUAAACACAGUAAUUCAAAAAACACAAAAACUAAACAAAACAUCAAAUAAAAAAACACCUCAACAAAUAACUAAUCACAAUGACAAAUAAUUAAACAACACCUGAUCAAAAAACACAACAACAAAUAAAUAAACUGUGUUGGGAAAGUUUCUUUUCUAUAGGAAUGAUUUCAAAGUUCAAUUCACCAUUCCAAAAUGAACUAGUUCAUAGUUCUUCCCCCCCCCCCCAAUAUGUUGCUCAUGAGGAUAAGCGGUACAGAAAAUGGAUGGAUGGAUGGAUGGAUGUUGCUGACGGGCUAUUUCCCUCAAUGUACUGGAAUUUUAUUUUCUCAUUGUUGCCACCCAUUUAGUCCACACCAGUUGCCAGCUGCAGCUUUCACCCUACUAUCUCAAAAAUAUGAGGAAAAACAUAUUGCUUGAGUAGUCUUUUUUUUUUUUUUUAAUGAAAUAAAACAAAAACAGGACUUUUGUCCUUAAUGCAUAAAGAAAGACAAAGCAACAUUGUGUGACAGGAAUGAUGGUCAAAGGGCAACGAUAACUGCAUUUCUCGUACCUCUGGCCGACUAUAUUAACAAAAUAUUUUAUCUUAUCAAUUCUUAUAAUUCAAAAAAAAAUCAAUUAAUGUUAUGUCAGUGUGAUUCUUGGGGUUGGGCAUCGAGAAUCGAGAACCGAUUGGAACUUGGACUAACAUUCCGAUCGUUCAAAUUAAAAAAUGUUGGUUCCCAGUUUCGAUGCCUACAGUCUGCCGACCCCGAAGAAGAAAGUGGCGAAAACGAUCACGAAUUAGUGGUGUGCGAUACUGCAUAAAAAGGCUGACUCACAUAAAUAAGUGGAGCCGAAUAAUGUGGUCAAAAAGGUAGCACAUUUCCUGAUGUUGGGGUACUUUAGCUUUGUGAGUAAGUUCCAAAACUGUCCAUGAGCUCUGGACUACAGCUCAAUGUCGGCUUGUAGUGUCAAAAUCUCAUCUUCCACUCCAGAAGAGUUCAGGUGAAACAGUGUUGCAAUUUUUGAUGCGAGGGAAUCAACCGCAGCAUCUUCCCAAAAAGGGUGGCACGAGAAUGUAGCGACUGGUUCGAGCAAAGAAAAGUCUUGAAAGCGUUUGUCAAACUCUGACAGACAAUUGUCAAUCAGCUCUGUGUAGCGUGCACUGUCAAGUUGCACACAGGUCAAGUUGCAUCUCCAGCUCUGACGCCAGGUUCUGGAAAUUUGCCAAAUCAUGAUGCUGCAGCUUUGAGGGGAGAUGUUGCAUCUUUAGUUUGAAAGCAUUAACUGAGCUGAUCAUAUUGAUUACUGUUUUGUCUUUUCCUUGCAGCUCUAGAUUAAGGUCAUUCAACAUGUUUGUCAGAUCGGUUACAAAUGCCAAGUCUACCCGCCACUGACGGUCAUUUAGUUGCUUGUAUUCUGCAUGUCCAGCUACACGGAAAAACUCCUUAAUCUCCGGACAGAGCUCUCAAAAUCUUUGCAGGAAUUUCCCUCGACUAAGCCAUAUCACGUGAGUGUGUAGCAACAACUCAAAGUGGUCGCACUCAGCCAUCUCCGAUGUCCUUCCACAUUUGCUGGGUUAAAUCCUCAGCCAUGGCUUCCCAGCGCCGUGUAGCUGUACUUCUUGACAGCUGGAGAGCUUUGAUCAAAGAUAAUAUUUCUGCCUUAUUUUUAAAGUCCCGGAACAAUGCGUCAGCUGCUUCAACGAUAGCCUCUUUUACCAUCUCUCUUUCUUGGAAGGACUUCUUGUUCUUAACGACGACGUGACUCACUCGGAGCGAUGCUCCGGUGGCGGCUUUCGCUUUUGAAGUAUGUUGUGUGAAAAAUAACAGCUGUCCGGGCAACUGGGAUUUUAGUUCCUUCACCUUUCUCUUUCUCAGCUCGCUUUUUGGCGGGAAGUCAGUGUCGUAUUUUCCAUGAACAGUCCUAAAUUGCCGCUCCACAUUUCCCUUCUUUGGUAAUGCGAUGGCAGACUACCAGGUGAGGCAUAGGCAUUUCGAAAAAUGUCAUUGUGAAAAAAUACUCCCCCUACCAUUCCGUAUGAAAGUGGUAAGUUUUUGCCUUCUUACUUGGUCCAGCUGCCCCACUCAUUUUUAUACCCUUUCUUAAGUUUAAGAGAAAACACGGAGAGAUAUAAAUUAGAGGUAACUCACUGACUAACUUUUUAGUUUUGACACACGUAGCGCCGUUGUUUUCGCAUCUCCAGUUAGUUACCUUUUAGCAACGUUGUUUGCGCAUGUGCGUGACCUAAGUGUCAGAAAAAUUCAGAUGUCAUCGAUUAUAUAUGUAUAUUAAUCAAGCGACGGGAUGGAUGCUAGGCUGACGUGUUUUUUUUUUUUUAAUGUCACGUGAUGUCAUGCGAUCUACCAAUACUACCUUCGCCGUCGACUGGUCGAUUGCGAUCAACACAUUGAGCACCCCUGACCUAAAAGAACCGGAAUCGAGAAUCGUUUGGAACCGGAAUCGAAAUGAGGAAUCGGGACCAUAAUUGCUCAAAUUCAAACGAUGCCCAGCCCUAAUGAUCAUACAGUGUUUAACUAAGCAUUCUGAUACAAAUACCGGUAAUAAUUUUCCUAGUAAUAAAUUUUUACAAUUUUGUACCAAAAAACACAUUUGCUCCUAUUUAUGCAGUGUCCCCGAACGCACCUUGCGCACUCACGCAGUUGCGAUGUAAACAUGAAAGCCAGCCGCAGCCACACUGAAUGGCUUGCCAAUAGGGCGUUUUUACCCCGCCAUAUGAAGGCUUUUAUAUUGUGUGUUCAGCCGGCUUCUCUCCUGGAAGUCCCUAACAAAACCUGACACUCUUUAAUUAAAAUUAACUUUAGUUCCAAAACCUUUCACAGACGCCACAAUGAGGGCGUUCUCAAUAACGGUCAUCAGGCAGAAAGUUCAGUUCACGUUCGCCCAAAAUAUGAACCAGUUUGUGAACUUUCGUUCAUUGAACUCGUUCAGGUGCAACACUACUAAACACAGCAAAUUUAAAAAAAUACAACAGCAAAUAACUAAUCACAACAGCAAAUGAAAAAAAAACACAACAGCAGAUAACUAAUCACAACAGCUAAUAGCUAAAUGAAAUGAAAUGAAAAAUCACAACAGCAAAUGAAAAAUCAGAACAGUAAAUGAAAAAAACACAACAGUAAAUGAAAAAUCAAAAUGAAAUUAAGCUACCGAAAGCAGUAGGCACUUGGGGGGGAUAAGACUCAUCGCUGACUGGACGAGAUGGAGAACUUGAUUGGACGCUUUGACCAGGAAGUUAUUCAGCAUAUGCCGUGGUUUUUGAAAUAAGCGUAGCUGCUGUUAUCAAAGAAUAUUUUUAGUCUGGAUAUACAGUAUCUAACCCGUCUUAUUUUGUGCCUCUGCGUUGUGUUCUGGGUUACAAAACUACAGUAACACUUCCUGCGUGGUCGACCACACAUUGCUACGGUGUCAGGUAUUGAGAGACGUGUGCCCCGGCGACUAAUUCAAUGGCCAACACCUUCUUUUAAGGAUUGGGGAGUGGGGUUUGUUGAAAGUACAUCCGCACAGCUUAGCUUACUCCCGUUACACAUACAUACUGUAUGAGGUGGUAAUGGAGAGAUAUGCUCAGGGCUAAUCAUGACAUUCAAAUCAGUAUUCGCACAGUUGACAAUUCAUUUAAAAGAGGUUGGGCUGCACAGACGGUGUCGUCCAAUGAAGUCGUCCCUCUCAUCCAAUCAGCGAUGAGUCUUAUCUCCCCCACCAGUACCUACUGUACCUUUUCCAGUAGAUUGUAAUUUCUUUUCUUUUUUUUCCCCCCAUUUCCUGUUGUGUUUUUUGAUUUUGCUAUUGUGUUUAGUUAUUUGUUGCUGUGAUUAAUUACAGUAUUUCCUGUUGUGUUUCGUUAUUUGUCAUUGUGUUUAGUUAUUUGCUGUUGUGUUCUGCACUUCUGGGCCACCGUGGUGCAUCCCUCAGCUUAUAGAUUUAGACAUUGACACAGAGACAUUGUUUAUAAACCCAUCAACAUUGAACAUGAAAUACAGGUGUGAAAUCAUCCUGAGUGUUUUCUCCAUGUCAAAGCUGUUACCAUUUUCAUAGAUUUAUUCUUUUGAUUUUUAUGUGUGCAUAAUACAGGCCGCAUUGCUCACAUUUUACUUAAGAUCGCAGCUUCGGCCAAGUGUUUCUCUCCUUCCUUCUAUAAUUACAAACAAUAAAUGACAUUUUUUUGGGGGGGGGGGCAAAAGUCAAAUAAGUUGACCACCUUUCCCACGUGGCAGAGUAAUUUGACAUUGUUGGGGUUUCAUCCACUUGUGGAUGAAAAUCUCAAUGCAUGAGAAAAUUCAUAUAUUUGUCUAACCAUGCAUAAAGAAUGUUAUAAUAAGGCUCAUUCAUUUGUGAAAUCAAAUCGUAAAGAGAAUAUAAUGCUUAGCUUGUUAUGGUUUUGGCUCUGAUGGGAUUUUGAGGCGCUUACAAUUUUUCCUCCAUGUAUGUCCAAAGUUUGGAUGCAUUUGAUCAGUAAUUCCACCAUUUGUUUUUCAACACAUCUGUUAUGGCCAUAUUUAAGCUUUUGGUUUCUAUGAUUAUGAUCGACUGAAUGCACUCUAUGAGCACUGAAUGUUGCUGGUGUCUACGGUUUUCUGUAUGUUUAUUUACAUUGGUGUUGGGGUUGGUGUCAGGUUUUCAAUCAUGAUUUUGACCCGUCCAAUCUUGGAUCCUAUAACAUGACUGGUUCGAAAUAAGCAAAAGCUGGUUCACAGAGACGGACAGAACUGAGCUUCACUUUGAACUUUGGGAUUAAGUGGACCCAUCGCCAGACGGAGGUUGAGAGAUUCCCUGAUCCAGACAGGAAAAUGAGUCCUUGACCUAAUGUGAACACUAGUAUGCCACUAUGGAUACGUUAGUUUUUAUGUUCAAUGUUUACAACGACUAAAAUGUGUGGUGUUUUACAGUAUGUAGUUUACCGAAAUGUAGAAUCAGGGGCACUGCAUGUCAAAUCACAGACGAUGUUUGAAAAAUCUGAAUGUAGAACAUCUCAAUGAUGGAAAAUUACUUCCCACACUGUAACUUUGUGCUUUUUAUCUACCAGCGUCCAGAGGCUUGUAUGUAUUUACCGUCUGAAUGUAAUUCCGUUGGUAAUUUAGUGGUUCUCACAGAUGGCCGAGGCUCUGUUAUGUGACAAUGCACCAUUCGGAAUGGUCCUGUGAUUGACUUGCGAUCCAUCCAGGGUUAUCAGCUUUUAGCGCCAAGUCAGCAACAUUGGAGAGCAGGUAAAACAGAUCUUCUUUUCCUUUCGGGUUGUCCCUUUAGGGGUCGCCACAGCGCGUCAUCCGACUCCAUGUAAGCCUAUCUCUUGCAUCCUCCUCUCUAACACCAACUGCCCUCAUGUCUUCCCUCACUACAUCUAUCAACCUUCUCUUUGGUCUUCCUCUAGCUCUCUUGGCUGGCAGGUCCAUCCUCAUCACACUUCUACCAAUAUACUCACUAACCCAUUUCCAUCCUUGUUGCAAAGUCUACCACCAUCUGUCCCUCCAAGUUCCUUUCCUGGAUGCCAAACUUACCCAUCACUUCUUCAUCACCCCUGUUUCCUUCACCAACAUGUCCAUUACAAUCUGCACCAAUCACAACUCUCUCUCUAUCUGGGAUGCUCAGAACUACUUUGUCCAUCUCCUUCCAGAAUUUCUCUUUCACCUCUAGGUCACAUCCUACCUGUGAAGCAUAGCCACUAAUCACAUUAUACAUUACAAAACACUGUCAAUUUCCAGUUUCAGCCUCAUCACUUGAUCUGACACUUAUUUCACUUCCAUGACAUUCUUAGCUAGUUCUUCCUUUAAAAUAACCCCUAUUCCAUUUCUCUUCCCAUCCCACCACAGUAAAAUAAAUUGAACUAAGCUUCUAGCCUUACUGCAUUUCCACCUGCUCUCCUGGACUCACAAUACAGUAUGUCAACCUCUUAAUCAUGCUAACCAGCUCCCGAGAUUUUCCUCUCAACAUUCAAAGUCCCCACAUUCACUUCUAGGCUCUGUGCUUUCCUCUUCUCUUUCUGCCUAAGAACCCGCUUUCCACCUCUCCUUCUUCUUCGAUCCACAGUAGCUGAGUUUCCACCGGCGCCCUGUAGGUUAACGGCGCUGGUGGCAGAUGUUGUUGACCUGGUCCACUACCGAUCCGGAAUGGAAUUCUUUGAUUAACGCUCAUAUUUGUUUGUUUAGUUAGAAGAUACCCUUCCUGACGCAACCCUCUGCAUGUAACCAGGCUUGGGACCAGCCUACAGUUUGCACUGGCUUGUGCCCUCCUUAGGAACAGAACAGGUUAUACAGAUAUAUAAGUAUUUUAUACACAAUCGUAAGCAUUUACUUCAUAGCAGGGGGCGCCUUUGUUGGCCUUAAAACAAUUGUGUUUUGCAUCAAAGUUCUAAAGAGUUGUUGAACUGCCACAAAGUCUAAAACUCAACUUCUCUUCUCAUCAAAAACCUGCUCAUCUGAACUGUAAAUUCUGAUGAUGUUCAUGCAUAUAGUCAUCAACGCUGUUCGUCAUGUUGCCGAAUGAAGCGACCCAUGUCUGUGCAUCUUUAACCAAUCGUCAAACCAGCUGGUUUGGUACUCUUUACUAAUAAAAAUCUUUUUAUUUAUAUUUGAA